CAGCGCGGGCCGGGCGGGGGCGUGGCCGGCCGCUCGCUGGCGGUGGAGGAGCCGCCGCCAUUUUGGUGUCGCCGCCUCGGCUGGGAGCAGCGGCCGGUCGGAUGCGGUGCGGGGCAGCCUGACGCGGCGGCGGCUUCUUCAGCUCUGAGGAGAUGGAUUCUGGAGCCCGCCCGGGCGGCGGCAGCAGCGCUCCGGGGCAGUCCCGCGAGUACAAGCUAGUGAUGCUGGGCGCCGGUGGCGUCGGCAAGAGCGCCAUGACCAUGCAGUUCAUCAGUCACCGGUUUCCAGAGGAUCAUGAUCCCACAAUUGAGGAUGCUUAUAAAAUACGAAUACGCAUUGAUGAUGAACCUGCCAAUCUGGAUAUUUUGGACACAGCAGGACAGGCAGAGUUUACGGCCAUGAGAGACCAGUACAUGAGGGCUGGCGAGGGAUUUAUCAUCUGUUAUUCAAUCACAGACCGACGCAGUUUCCACGAAGUGCGUGAGUUCAAACAGCUAAUAUAUCGUGUUCGACGCACUGAUGAUACUCCUGUGGUCCUGGUGGGAAAUAAAUCUGAUCUGACACAGCUACGGCAGGUUUCCAAAGAAGAAGGCUCUGCUCUAGCACGAGAAUUCAACUGCCCUUUUUUUGAAACUUCAGCUGCAUACCGUUAUUAUAUUGAUGAUGUAUUUCAUGCUCUUGUGCGAGAAAUCCGCAGGAAAGAAAAAGAAGCAAUAAUGGCAAUGGAAAAAAAAUCAAAACCUAAAAGCAGCGUGUGGAAAAGACUGAAGUCACCAUUUAGAAGGAAGAAGGAUUCAGUCACUUGAGCAGAGAGAAUUCCUCUGCAAAAUCAAACAAAACCUGUGAACAGCCAUUUGUAACCAAAGGGUUUAAUGACAACACCUUGACAGCAUGUUUUAAACCUGAUGGGAAUUUUAUGAGGGAAUGCAUAACUUUUACCAAUUAUUUUUGUUUAGAAUGGUAUUCCCUUAAUUUUGGAUAUUUAACUUAAGACACAGUAACAGUUGUACUUUUGUUUGUUGUCUUUUUUUUUCUUUUUACUGGAUCCAGCAAAUGUUGCUUGUAUGUCGUUGGUUACAAAUGCUGAUAGGUUUAUGCCCCUGCACUUUUGAAUGUUUGUCUUCAGUCACUGCGUACUGGAAGCUGAAUUGUGUAAAAUAUUGCUGAAGUCUACCCAACCUAACUUAACUUUUUUUCCCUAGUUGUUUGCACAAGAAAAUGUUGCUGCUCUCUGGAGCAGUAACCCACAUCACAAGAGGUGGCUUGUCAAGGUCGUGCUGAAAAGUGGUUUACAAAGCAUAUGUCAUGACUAGCAGCCUUGGCCGUGUACAGAUGUCAUUGAACAGAGCUAUGCUAGAGGUCUUGUGUUCUCAUCGAAUAGAUUUUUUCCAGCAAAAGUAAUGGUGGAAUACUUGUACAAGUUUAUCUGAAUUAUCAGUUAAUCAGCAGUGUUGUAGGUGGGAUUCUAAACAAGUCAGAAAAAGCAAAUUAUGGUUCCGAUGGCAGCUAUAACUUGGCAACAGUGCAUGAAUAUGUAGCAUUUUCCUACUGUAUAUAGCAUUUACUGUGUUGUCAUAGCACAUGUAAGGAUGCUGUAGAUGCUGUAGAAACCACAGCUUUGAGUUUUCCGACUUGCUUGUUAAAAAUUACGGCUGUAAUGGUGCACUGGCUUAUUUAUUUACAUUCAGUUUUAUGUUCUUGUCUUAAAGGAGCCAGUAUCUUUGUGAAGUAGAAGUCUCUAAUGUAGUAAUUUCAAAUUAUUCUAUGAUAACUACGUUGUAGAGAACAUGACUGAUACUGAGGUAUCUGGGCCAAGAUUUUAUAUCCCUAAUACUGCUAAGAUUCUUCCAGUGCAGUCUUAAAAGUUGCCAGUGCAGUGGAAGGAAGCAAUUAGCUGGGUACAGCAACAGUCCCAACAGAUACUCACACCCCUGACCUUACAUACGCAGGUGGUCCAGGCAGUGCAGGUAUAGGUCAUCUUAUGCUCAGUAAAGAACAAUUUGGUUAAAAAAGUUCUUUUGAGGCAGACUCUCUGUGUGUAGAGAUAUUCUUUGCUUUCAAACUGAUUUACAUACACAUCAGUUAGAGAAUUUAAAUCCAGCAGAGACACACGAAUGUCUGGUGUUCCUCUUGGUUUUGUGGUUUGUUUUUUUUUUAGUAAUAGAACAAGUCAUAGUUGGGUAACUUAGACAUGGUUAAAAUAAGUUUCUCAGAGAACUAAGUGCCUAGAAUCUUUCAGUUUAAGAGUGAAAGAGCUUAGUAGACUAAGUGUAGCAUAGCUUCUAUUUUUCUUCGAUCAUCUGUGUCAGUAACUAUGUUAAUCUUACUGAUCAAAAAUCAGAUCCAUGAUGUCAGCCUUCGUGUGCUGCAUGUGAUAGUGCAGUCAAAACUGAAAAUUCAUAUGUAAAAGGAUUAGUACAAGAAGUGAGGAUAGCAAAUAUAUAAACUUAAGCUUUUUUUCUUGCUAAACUCCGUAUUGCUUAAGAUACAACUGGAAAUUCUGUGCCUAUUGGUUUUAAGAGUAUUUGUAAGAUUUAAAAAAAAAAACCUGUAACGAGAAAUUUGGAGCAAGGUUACAUCCUUUUAUUUUGUUUGUGGCUGAACUAAACAUUUAAACUGAUUUCUCUUUCUUAUUUCCACUGCUCCAGUGUUACACUACACUGGUAAUAAUCACACGUGUGGUGUUUGACAAAGGCUGAGAAUAAUUCAGAUUGUUUAGAAUUUAAGACCUCUUUUACGUUAAUGGUGUGAGCAGUUCUGUGUGUCUUUUCAGUAGUUACUGGUUUAGGACUGAAAGCCCUCGUAAUCAUUCAUGGUUGGAUGAAAUGCUGUCUGUAGCUCAGAUCAAAAUCCUAGGAAAACCAUCUAGCAGAAGAUUUCAGGAGAAGGAGACAGCAACAGCUAAGAAGUUGCUCUGAAAGCAGUUGCUGAUUCUGUCAUAAAAAUUAUUUCAGACCAGUUUUCUGGUAAUGCUGAGCAGGGGCCUUACGGUGAUUACAAGUUUUCCCUGUGCUUUUCCUUGAUACAGGAAGUUAACAGAAAAUGUUAGUCAGCUUCCUACGUUCAAAGUUUUCAGAUAAUCUGUAAGGGUAACCUGUCAGCAGUGCUGAAAGCUGUACAGGACUAUUUUCAUCUUAAAUAAGUGAUAUCUGUGCCUUAUGUGAUUCCUUCAAUGCAAUGUGUGUGUUUACUAAUGCCUUUGUGAGCCUGUUGCUUAUAGAAUUAUUACAUCAGAACAGCAGCAAGCACUUUUUUUUACACAGUGUUAUUCAAAAAGAGUUUUAUUUUUGUCAUGUAUGAAUUUGUACACAGAAUUAUUGUUUUAUUUGACACAAUAUAUAAUUUUUAAUACAAAUAUUUGCAUUUGAUGUUUUAAUCUGUGGUGUCUAGCAUGAUGGGUAGAAGGCCAUUCAGCCUGAAAGUGCUGAAAAAGGAGAGCUCAUGGUGUGUCUGUAAAUUAUUUUGGAAAAGGCUUAUCUUGCUCAAAAAAAAGAGUUGGUAUGUUACAUUUAAGUGGUGCAAAGCCUAAAUAUUCUGUGAUGUGAGUCUGGUGCUAAAUUGUUUAAGUAUGAUCUGGACAUUUUGCAAGUGCAUUACUGUACCUGUGUAUGCUCUGCCUAAAGCGUGUUGACUUUCCGAGUUUUAGUUACACGUGGGGCAAGGGCAGCUGCAUGAGGUAAGUGUCUAAAUCUUUGCCCAGAUCCUUGAGUAUUGGGGCCAAAGAAAUCCCUCUGCACUUGCCACUGCCUCGGUUGCUCUCCACAUUGGUGGUUUGCAUUUUCUUACUUUGUACUGGGUUUAGAUUCCUUUGGGCUUUGGUAUAGUUGUUUUUUCUUCCUUUAAGGUAUUUAUGCUGUAGCCAAAUUUGCAAUAUAAUUCUUGCUUUAUGAC